AUGGAAGGGAGGAUAACCCGACGCUCUUUGGUAUACCCCGGCCAAUACCUCGACCCCAGCGAUGAAAGCUCUUCUAGUUCCGUCUCUUCUGCCAAGAAUGUAAUGGAAAAGCCUCAAUCUGCAGACGGAAAGGUGUCAACAUCAAAGAAAAGAGACAACGAAAAUAAAGAUCACAGGGUCUCAGAAGCUUAUCUAAAGGCCAAUGCGGAACUUUGUUUUGAUAAGAAUAUCGGAGGCAAAGCCGCCGCCGCAAAGCCCAAGAACAUCUCCCCGUCGGAGGCUGAAGCCAGCAACCCAUAUUCCGGUCGAUAUCCGGUAUCUCGCCAAGUCUUUGAUCUCGAAAAGAGAGCUCAAGAGUUGCAGGAAAAACGCGACUACUUCCAGAACCAGUGCAAUGAGCUCACCUUGAUCGUGGAACGUCUAAACAAAGCGACAAAGAAGGAGAGAUCUGACCACGAAGCGAAGUGCGCGAGUCUCAAAGCUGCAAACGAUGACAUGGCAAAACAGCUCGAGGAAGAAAAAGACAAGGUCAAAGAGCUCGAAUCCAAGAACGAGAGCCUUGCCAAAGACCUCGCCGCUGCAUCUGAAAGAAACGCCUUCCUCACUAAGAUGCUUGAGGAAAAGACCUACGAGUCGUGGAUAUUCCGCUGUGCCCUCGCCGUCGUCUUCAAGUCCACACCGUCCACUAGAGAGCGCGUCUCGAUGCGAAAGCUCAUCUGCGACUGUUUCGCUGCUCUCAAGCAGAAAUACCAACAAGAUCGUGCUCUCCAGCAGGGAGACCAAACCCAAGAUCAGAACAAUAGCAACCGCGUUUCCGAGGAGGCCGCCCAAAGAGAUGAAUCAUCUUUCGACGACUCGGAAGAGAAGUCACUUAAGAAGAAAACGGCGCAGAAGAAGAGGCCACAAGUGGUAGAGGAAAGGGAUAGCCUAGUUUCGAGCGAUGACUCGGAAGAGAAGCCCCUUAAAAUGAAAGCAGCACAGAAGAAGAGAGCACGCGAGGCGGAGAAGAAGGAUAACCGAGUUUCAAAGGAAGACUCCGACGAUGACGACCAGCCUCUUUUUAAUAUCCUGAAGAGGAGAGUCAAGAAGCUCAAGGUCAUGCCGUCUCGCGAGAAGUCGUUAUCCUUUGACUGA